GUAGAAGAGCAGGUGACUGGGCUCUGUGUGGUGCGUUCAUCGUCGCCGGACGAUAUUUUUCCGGUACCGCCGUAAGCGCUUGCUCCAAUAAAAAAUACAAAAUUGAGCCCUAUGAACAUUGAACACUUAGCUAACCGAUACUGACACAUGACAUACAAGAAUAAACUAUAAUUAAUUAGUCACUAUUAAUCAGAAUUUUUACUCCCACAUUUGACAGCGUUUAAACGCAGCACGACGAUGGCUGCUCUCGAAGUCCACGACAACUUGGUUUUGGAACUGUUCCAGUUGAUCCACGGUGAAAUUUCGGAUGCACUACGCAACUACGGUGUCCACCAAAGGUCUGUGAUGAGCGUGAGGAGAUUCUGCGCCCAGCACAGACUGAAACGGAAACGACAUGUGACGGACAUGGAGUUGGAAGGAGCUAUUAUUAUUCGAUCAACAUACGAGGUGAGUUUCGUCAUCGUAUGGCAGGAAGUUCAUGACCGACUAGCUGUCCUCGAAAGGAGUUUACGCAGGUGAAUGUCGAGUGGGAUCAAUCCUACUCCCUACAACACCAACCAUAUCAUCAACUUCGACGAGAGGUCAUCUAUCUAUCUAUCUAUCUAUCUAUGAAGAGAUUGACAGAUCUGCUGUGCUCAAGUAUGGCAUCUGGGCCCAACUCAUGGCAGGGAGUUUUACAUGUUUACAUGUCCAUUCAAGAGACGCUGUCACACCACUGACAUAAUCAGAGCAGAAUCAUCGUGUGGAAAGGUUGUGGCCAGAGGUGAACAACAGAGUGAACUCUCCACUUGAACUUGCCCUAGUCCAUUUGCUAGUUCAAGAAUUCAUUGACAUGGAGGACUAUAUAACCAAAUUUCGCACUUCAAACCUCACAUGCCAAUUAAGUAGAAUUGGAUGAUCCAGGCUGGUGGAGGCAUGGAACGCUCACAGGAUUCCAGUUGAGGCAGAAUUCAUCAACACGGCAAUUUGGGCUAAAAGAAGAGGGGACCUGCCACUCAACAAAAACGCAGCAACCAAUGAUGGUAUGGCAGCACGAGGACACCACCGGCUCGACAACUUGCCUUGGAGAGAGCAGGAUGUCUGUGUCGGGCAAGAAGGAUUUUGAUGUGAAGCAGAUCCUCAGGCUACGCUGGAGAUGGUUCAGCCAUUCGUCCCAGGGUUCGACUGGAAGUGGUGGCGUCGGUGGGGUGGGAGGCUACAUCCAGCAGGAUGGCACGGACCACAGAGGGACCCCCGUCCAGGGCCGACUGAAGAAUCACUCUCGGGACAGGGGUGGCGGAGGGCUGCGGAAGAAUAACAGCCCUGCACACAGUAUCUUGGCACCAACCCCGGGGCCCACACCUGUCUAUGUGAGAGGAGGCCAUCAGUCAUGGGACCAGCAGCAUCAGCAUACCAUCCAGGGUCUCCAGGUCAACGAGGUGUCCUCAAAGAGCAGUUCGUCACCCAGCACCACCAGGAAAGAGGAGGGCAACAGUGGGAAGGAUGAUUCGAAAAGCCGUGCGGAAGAACCUGCUGUGCUGGACGCCCGAGAGAGAUUGGCUCUGAGCACUCUCUCCAAAAUGAACUCCAACUCCUCUGAUGAAUUUUUCCAGGCUACGAAUCAUGCAGAGCAGACCUUCCGUAAGAUGGAGACCUACCUCCAGCACAAGCAGCUGUGCGACGUCCUCUUGAUAGCGGGGGAUCAUAAAAUCCCAGCUCACAGAUUGGUUCUAAGUGCCGUGUCAGACUAUUUUGCCGCCAUGUUCACCAGCGAUGUGAGGGAAGCGAAACAAGAAGAGAUCAAGAUGGAGGGAGUGGACCCAGGAGCCCUGAGAUCACUGGUUCAUUUCGCCUACACUGGUGUCCUUGAGCUGAAGGAGGAGACCAUCGAGAGUUUAUUGGCAGCAGCUUGCCUCCUCCAGCUCUCCCAAGUCAUCCAGGUCUGCUGCAACUUCCUCAUGAAACAGCUUCACCCUUCCAAUUGUCUGGGCAUACGCUCCUUUGCAGACGCCCAAGGCUGCGUGGACCUACUCAAUGUUGCUCACAGUUUUACCAUGGAAAACUUCCUGGAGGUCAUCCAGAACCAGGAGUUCCUGCUGCUCCCCACUGCUGAGAUUGUGAAACUGCUGUCUAGUGAUGACAUCAAUGUUCCAGAUGAGGAAACCAUCUUCCAGGCUUUAAUGAUGUGGGUGAGGUACGAUGUCCAGCACCGACAACAGGACCUCGGGGUGCUCCUCGCGUACAUCCGCCUGCCUCUCCUUCCUCCGCCGCUUCUUGCCGACCUGGAAAACAACAAAAUGUUUUCUGAUGACCUUGAAUGUCAAAAACUCUUGAUGGAAGCCAUGAAGUACCACCUUCUGCCAGAGCGACGGCCAAUGUUUCAGAGCCCGAGAACAAAGCCAAGGAAGUCCACUGUGGGGUCUCUUUAUGCCGUGGGGGGAAUGGAUGCUACCAAAGGCUCAACCACCAUUGAGAAGUACGACCUGCGGACAAACACGUGGGUCCAAGUGGGAGUCAUGAACGGACGCCGCCUGCAGUUCGGCGUGGCGGUCAUCGAAAACAAGUUGUAUGUCGUUGGCGGGCGAGAUGGACUGAAGACCUCAAACAUGGUGGAGUGCUAUAAUCCAGUCAACAACGUGUGGUCCACCAUGCCCCCCAUGUCCACACACAGGCAUGGACUUGGCAUUGCGGUGCUGGAGGGCCCAAUGUAUGCGGUGGGAGGUCACGAUGGCUGGAGCUACCUCAACACUGUGGAACGCUGGGACCCGCAGGCCAGGCAGUGGAACUACGUGGCCAGCAUGUCCACGCCGAGGAGCACCAUGGGAGUCACGGCCCUGAAUGGGAAACUGUUUGCUGUGGGAGGUCGAGACGGCAGCUCCUGUCUGAGGUCCAUGGAGUGUUUUGAUCCUCACACCAACAAGUGGAGCAUGUGCGCUCCCAUGGCCAAGAGGCGAGGCGGCGUCGGCGUGGCGACUUACAACAACUUCCUGUAUGCAGUGGGAGGACACGACGCACCUGCCUCGAACCACUGUUCUAGACUCUCUGAUUGUGUGGAAAGGUUUGACCCAAAGACGGACACGUGGACCACCGUUUCCUCUCUCAGUGUUCCACGAGAUGCUGUUGGAGUCUGUCUGCUGGGGGACAGACUCUAUGCUGUCGGAGGCUACGACGGUCAAUCGUACUUGAACACUGUUGAGUCUUAUGAUGCCCAAAACAACGAGUGGACUGAGGAGGUCCCUCUCAACGUGGGCCGAGCCGGCGCCUGUGUGGUGGUGGUGAAAUUGCCUUGAGCGCUUUUGUCUCACGUCUGCUCGGGAAACAAAUGAAGGAGUGGCGAAGACGACUGGACAAAUGCAGCAACAGAUCAAGGACACAUCCUUUGGACGAUGUUUUCUUCUUCUUCUUUUUUCUUCUUCUUCGUCUCUUCAGAUUUUUCUGGGGAACAGUCCGAGUCGUACCCAUCAUUAGCGCUUCCACUGGGGCCGACCGGCUCAGAAGCUUCACAUUCGUAAGCCAUCAAGAAUGGUGAUGGAGUAAAUGAGUGCCAGGGCUGUGUUCUUUGUUUCACCACUGUUUCUUCUCACACAUAUAUGAACUGUGCUUAAAUACACAUUUGCAAACUGAGGAAAAGAUGAGUCCAACCCAUGUAGGAUUUUUAUACUCAGUAUACUCCAGACUACUAACAUGUUUUUGUAUUACAAAACAGCCAGCAACUGAACUUUCGUCAAGCGUUUUAUGUAUUUUUAAUUACUAACUUGAAAGCAAUUAAUUUAAUUAGUCAAUUUAGGAUUGCCAAAGGGAAUGUUGUGUCUUGUGCUGCAGCCUCACAGCAAGACGCUCCUCAGUGUGGUUCCAGCUGGAGGCGAUGCUGAGUUGAGGGUGAAUCCAGGUCUGGCUGAGUGCAGUUUGGAUGCUCUUCAACAAGUUUUUCUUUGAGCACGCAGGUGUCCUCCCAGAGGUCAGUUGAGGGCUCAGCUUUCUGCAGGUGUUUUUUUUUUUUUCCUUUGUGACUAUGUGUCCCCCACCUCUUGCCCUGUGUAGCUGGGACAGCCUCUGCGACCCUGAAACACAAAUAAGUAUCAGAAAUCAGCACCUUUUUAAGUAUUUCUUUAUGGUACAGUCCCUGAAUUGGUGUGUUUUAAAUCAUUUAUACUGAAUACACUUUUUAAAUAAUCGUCAUUAGGAGCAUCUAGAAAUAAAUAAAUACAAUAAAAAAAACCCACAAACAAAUAUAAUUUUUUUAAUGCCCAACACCCAUUUUUAAGAAUUUCUUCACCUUUCUUUUUUUUGUGCCUUUUUUUUUGACAUUUUACAAACUUACACAAACUUAAAGCUAAUAAUAAUAAUAAAAAAAAACCAAUGUUUGACUCCAUCUUUAUGUUCUUUUCAGCUCCCUGUGUGAUUGAGUCUCACACCUGCGGCAUAAACCAUGAGAGAGAGGAACAUUUUGUGCCCCCAAAAAAAACAAAAAAACUCCAGCAUCCCUUUACCGAUGUUUUCAUGUCACUGUGAGGUUCUUGCUAUGGCUGGUAUUGAGGCAUUUGAAUUUAUCAACAUUGGUUUCUGAAUAUGCUUUAUUGAGCUUGUAGCUACUAAACACCAAAGUAAUUCGCUUGUCCUAGAUAUUUUAGACGGAGGUUUACAACAAUGUGAAUUUACUGACAAUAUAUCAUAUUGAUAUUUCAUACUGCUGUACAGAUUUUUGUGAGUUUUCAGGAAGCGCUUUUGUCUCUGUUGAUUUGUGGCUAAUACCAUCGUACUGAAAAAACCACCCUGCUUUUCUGGGCAUGCUGGCCAAAUGAAUGUUUUAUUGAUUUAUACGGUCGUAUAUUUCAAGAUACCUGCCUGUUUCCUGUCUGUCCGUGUGUAACGCCGUAAUGUAAAUGACACGACAAUGAUUAAUCUGCUUGUAGAUUGAUCCACAAUAAUCGCUUAUUUUAGACCGUCCUGUCCUGCUUUCUAAUUAUAUCGACAAAAUUCAAACAUAAACAUGUGACUGAAAGUAUACGUCAACAUUGUGAAAGAAGAAAACGUACAGCUUUAUGUUUUAAGCUACAUUUUCCCAAUGUUUUCUAUUCCGACCUGAUUUUGUACAGCAUGCAAUGUUAUGAAUAAAAUUCACUUCAGUGUUCUGAAUGUUUCAAUACUUGAGCUCCAGGUACGACGUUUGCAUGGAGCAUUCACAGCGACAAAACACAAAAACCUCAUGCUGAAGCCGCUGCUUCUCAUUGGUAACAGAAUUCAGGAACACUUUUCAUAAGAUUUUAUGAUACGUCAUACAAGACGGCAUGAAGACUUCCAACACUCACUAUAUCGCAGGGUUUUCCGAGGUCUCACCCUCUACUUAAAUUGAGCUCAAAGAUUCCACAACCUCUCACACAGUCAAUUAUAACAGACAGUCUGUGCGGGUCUUUUUCUCACCUCUCCUUUUGACUACUUUUGAAGAGUCUUCUGCUUCUACCUCUCCCCGCAAGUGCCUCUUGUUUUCUUCUGGAUUGGAUUUGUGCAGUUUAAUUUUCUCAAAAUCCAGUGCAUGCAGUAUUUAUUUAUA